GUGGCAGAGUUGAACCGCGAGGAACAACUGCACCGACCAACCGCGGACUGUGGACUGCCACAAGGAUCUGUCUCCGGCCCCUCAUCACUCCCUCUCCGCAUACAUUAUGUUUACGCUCCACCAAUAAACGUAAUAAUUAUAGGCGCGUAAACGUUCCACGUAUAGUCGCUAGUUUCGACACGUUUUUUUGUUGAUAUUUUUGGAAAUCGCUCUGAAAAAUGAAAAUUGCUCGUUUUUGAGUGAGAGUGCGGUGUGCGAGACCCCUUUUCGGGGGUACUAUGGAUACAGGGGCGUGUUGCGUGGCCCCUUCGCUAGAUACUUCUUCGACGGAGGAUCAGAUCGUGCCGGUUCAGGGCGAGUACUGGAGUCACUGCCAGAAUAACAACCCGCAGCCACUGUUGGACGCGUUGAUACUUCAAAUGCAGACCAGCGACCUGGACAAUUUCCUCUGCAAGCAAGAAUGGGAACGGCGGCUCGAGGAGGAGCUGGAGAAGCCGCGGCGCGAGUCCGCGUCGCAGAUAGACGAUUUUUUCGAUCCGGCAGCGGCGGGAAUCACGAUCCACCACGGGCGCCAUCAGCAGCAGGGAGGCAUGAGUUACGUUUCGAUGCGCACCUUGCCCGGGACCGACGACGACGUCUUCCUCAGGCCGCCGCUAUGGGAGGACAUCGCCAGCAGUAUCCAAAACAUCGAUCCAGAGAACGCCAAUAUGUUGGGCGUCGGUCAUAUCAAAAUGGAGACCGCGGACGAACUGUCGGCCGCGUGUCAGCCGACUCCCUCACCCCUACUGUCGCCGCUCGAAAUUAAGACAGAGAAGGUCUUGCAGCCUCCUGGUCCCACGCUGCACUUGAUGGCGACGCCGGCCAGUCCUUACGGUCAGCAGCCGACCACGACCACCACCAACAGUCCUACCCACCAAACGCAGCAACCUCAGCAACAGCACUACCAUCAGCAACAGCCGGCCGUUCACCAUCCGCAUAACAACAACAACACACACCCACAGUACAAAUAUACUAACAACAAUAACAACAACGUGGUUCCAGCGUCUGCUCCCGGUAACGCCCUCUACCCCAUGUCCAGGCUGAUGUAUGUGUCCCCCUUAACGCCGCCCAAUUCGGAACCGGGUUCGCCUGGCGGCGCGCUGCCCCGGCGGACGCCACCGCCUCCAUACCCCGCCCCCGGUUGCCCGCCUCCCCAACAACAGCCCCCGCCGCCCGCGAGCACUGUACCCCGAAUAUCCGUGGGGGUAAAAUACAAUAGGCGAAACAACCCGGAAUUGGAGAAAAGGCGGAUACACCAUUGCGAUUUUAUUGGUUGUACUAAAGUCUACACCAAAAGCUCACAUCUGAAGGCGCAUCAAAGGAUUCAUACAGGAGAGAAACCCUACCAGUGCCAGUGGCCAGAGUGCGAGUGGAGAUUCGCGCGGUCGGACGAGCUCACCCGCCAUUACAGGAAACACACGGGGGCGAAACCGUUCAAAUGCGGCGUGUGCGAGAGAUCAUUCGCGCGUUCUGAUCAUCUCGCACUCCACAUGAAGCGUCACUUGCCGAAGACCGCAAAAUGAGACGCGGCGAUAGCUUUAGAAAGAAUUUCCAUAUUUUUACCGUAAUAUUUAUAGAGGCGCGCGCGCGGCCAAACAUUCCAACCUCAAUCUGUAGUUAAUUUUGCGUGCGCGCCUGCGCCGUCGCGACGUGGCCGUGUGGAUCUCAAUUGACGUAAAGGACCGUGAUACUACCCGAGCGGGUAGCGUGCGAGAAGUAGAAAAUUGCGUUUUCUUUUAGAAACGUAGGGCCCUUUUAUGGUGUACUUAAAGAUUUGUAUUUUUAAUACGGUUUUAAAGAAUUUUAUAGGUUUUUACGCUUCGUUUGACUAGGGGUUCGGAAGAGCGGUUGAAAUAAAAUAGGAAAGUAUGACGCCAUUUCGUAAAAAAAAGUGUUGUAGCCAUCCUGCUUUUGUCAUAUACUUUCAACUGUUUGCACCUGUAACCCUACUAGUUAGUACUAGGUUGAACGGUAUUUUCACUUGUGAUUUUUUCGUAGAAGAAAUUAGGUUUUAUUCUUGAACUACGAAAUGUCAAAUGUCAUUGACUAAUAAAAAAUAUUUAUUUUUUACCAUAUCUAUCGCGGCCAAUGUUCAUGAUUAAAUGGAUCGAUUCCGUUUUAAUAUCACGCCGAGUCGGAAGUUAUAUUUUGUUUUAUAUAUUUUGUAAAUUGUAUAAGUUUCUGGUUGUGACAUAUUUGUUAUGUAAUUUAUACGCUAGGGUAGAGCGAGCGCUAGCAUGGCGCCGGCUGUUUUGUAAAUUUGUUUCAAAACUGUAAUUCUGACAUUGCCAUUUUUUAACUCUUAUGUAUUUACCCCUGACUAUAAUGUGAUUUUUUUUAUAGAGUAUAUAUUUGCCCUAACGGCCUUUAUUAAAGAAAUAUUAUAUUAUCACGUGCGUUUCGUGACAAGUUACCAAAUAUGUACACUGAAUGUUUAAUAAUUAUUAUUUUGUACAUAGAGAAAAAUCAAAUUUGACUAGGUGUCCUAGUCAGGUAUACUUUCAAUAACAAUUGUAAAUUGUAAUUAAUUAAUUUAGUCCGAGAAACGUCAAAGCUGCUAUGGAUUCCGUUGUUUACUGAAUAAUAUUUAUAUCUUUAAAAAGUAAAUAGCUGUGUAGACAAAAGAGUUAAACACCAAUUUUUAUUAACAUUAAAUACUUGUACUUUAUUUUUUAUUUAUGUAAUGAAUAGAGCAAGCUAGAUAGUACACAUAAAAUGUAAUUAGAAAUCUUGUUUCCUCUUUUUUAAUUUUGUAUUUUACUUUAAUACAUUUUUAUUUUU